UGUCAACUUUCCGCUGAGUCUGGGGAGGGGGUGGGUGGGCGGCGGCGGCAAGUAAAACGGGAAAUCGGCCCCGAAAGGAGCAGCGCGCGCGGAGACUCAACUGUCACAGUCAAGGGCCCGCCUUCCGUCGUUCUGAGGCUCCCGCGAGGGAAGACUCGCUUCGGCGCUGAACCGUCCGUUUAGUCACAUAGAUGCAUACACUGUUGUGGCACAGCCCGGUCCUAGGCAGGUCUACUCUGAGGGAAAUCCCAUUGCGUUCAACGGCGCUUUCGUCCGGUUUCUGGGGGCGGCGGGCUGUUGUAUAAAGACACUUGUUGCGGCGUCAGCUGCAGCUGCCCUUCUCCUCAGCGCCCCAAGGCGCCUUGCCAGUGCGGGGUGGCCGGGCUGUAAGCAGACCUGCCGGGCUCCUUCGGAGUGCGGGCACCGCGGGGGUCUCUGGCCGUGCCUUCCCCACCUCCCAGGGGGAAGGAAGGAAGGAGUCUUCGCUUUCCUAACAUCGGCCUCACGUCGCCUGUGCACGGGGUGGCGUGGCCCAGUUGCCACAUGGACUGAACUGGUUGUGAGCGGGGCUUUGAAGAAGGGCCCUCUUCGAUCUUGUUGGGUACGGUAGCUUUGGGCCCCUCGAGGGUGGCUGCUGCCUGGCUGCUGAUCCACCGUAUGCACGCAAGUCACCGAGGAAUUGUGGUUUCCCCCCUCACAGAAAUACACUGACGGCCAACAAUAAAAAAGGGACACCCGUUUAUAUUUGCGUAUCCAGCAUGUCUAAAAUAGGGGCUUUUCGUGUGGGACUUGGUGUGAUUUUGGGAACAGCUGCAGGAAUAGGUCUCUUCUAUUACUACUACUACAAACAAAAGAGGAAAAAGACUUGGCGUAAAGAUAGUUUUAGAUCUCCAAAUAUUCGAAGUCAACAGAAUGCACUGAACCCUCAAGAACAUAGAGAAAUUCUUCAGCCUUAUAAUCAAGUCCCAUGGAUAAGACCAGUACCAAUGGAAGGUGGUGAUAAUGACCCAUGUACAGCUCUUCUAACACGUGAAGAACAGGCUGAAGUGCUGAAUCGUUUGGACUUUGUACUCAGAAGCCUAAAAGAGUUGCGAAAUGAAGUGGAAGAGCUACGAAAUAGCCUGCAGGGUUUAGCUGGAGAGAUUAUUGGAGAAGUCCGGUCUCAUAUAGAAGAAAGCCAGAAGGUUGUUCGGCGGAGGCGUUUUGGAUAUCCCAGAGAAAGAAGUGAUUCCACAGGAUCAAGUUCCAUAUACUUCACAGCCAGUUUGGGAACAGCUAAUACUGAUGAUGGUGAAAGCGAAGGAGGUUACAUUACAGCAAAUGGAGAAUCAGAUUAUGAUCGAGAAUCUGAUAAGGAGAGUGAAGAAGGGGAAGAUGAAAUCAGUUGUGAGACAGUGAAGACAGGAAGGAGGGAUUCCAUGGACCUUGUCAAUGAGGAUGAAACCACCGUGACUGUGGAUUCCGCAGCAGAGGAAGAACUUGGUCGGUUGCUGCAGCAAGCAGAUGACUUGCACAGGGGGAAUGACCAGGAGAAGAGAGAAGGAUUCCAAAUGCUUCUUAACAAUAAACUAGUGUAUGGUGACAAGCAGGAUUUUCUUUGGCGUCUGGCCCGAGCAUAUAGUGAUAUGUAUGAAAUCACAGAAGAUGCAGAGGAGAAGAAGAACUAUGUAUCUGAUGGCAAAGAAGAGGCAGAAACAGCUCUGCUGCUGGGAGAUCAAAGUUCUGAGUGUCACCAGUGGUAUGCUAUUCUGUGUGGUCAGUUCUCAGAACAUGAAAGUAUACAAAAACGCAUUCAAGCAGGGCAUGAGUUUAAGAAACACAUUGAUCAAGCAAUCACUCUGAAACCAGAUAAUCCUAGAUCUUACUAUCUCCUUGGCCAGUGGUGUUACAAGGUGUCUCAUCUGGGGUGGUUGGAGAGGAAAACUGCUUCUGCUUUGUAUGAAGAACCUCCUACUGCCAGUGUUCAGGAUGCUCUACAGAAUUUCUUACAGGCUGAAAAACUGAGCCCUGGAUUUUCAAAAAUGGGAAGAGUAUACAUUGCCAAAUGCUACAGAGAACUGGGGGAUAACUCUAUGGCUGCUCACUGGCUGAGUUUGGCUUCAGAACUACCAGUCAUCACCAAAGAGGAUGCAGAAAGCAACAGAGAAAUAGAAGAGAUGCAAACUCUUUCAGAGGAUUGAGCAAGUUUAACAUUCUCAUCCUUAUACUAGUUGUGUAUGAGCAGUGUAAAGGAUUUUAUAACUGUGAUAGCCCUCACUGGAGAUCAUGAACUCAGAAUUUUUUAAAAAAUCCCUACUGUCAGCAGUCCUUUCUCAAAUAUUUAAGCUGGCGGUACCAUGCUUAUUAAAGAAACCCAAUUCACCUCCUCUCUGACAGAUUCUAAAUUGGUUCCUAUUCUUUCAUGGAUAUGUUUUGAGUCUUGUAUAUCUACCAGCUUUACACUUCCAAGUUACAUUAAUUUCUCACUUCCUAUACUAAUAUGGGGUUAAAAAUCCAUUUUCGAUGUUGGCCCUGUUUUCAUAAAGCACUAGAAAUUGUUGGUGGAAAAUAAAAUCUAUACCAGAUAUUAUGUGGGAGAACUAUACCCAGGAUCUCCCAUAUAUUUAUUAGUUUUAUAUCACAGUAGAUCUGAUGGAUAUUAAUGAUUUCCUCUCUAUGCUAUUUCUUAUUCAAAAUCUCCUCUCAGCUAUUUGUUAUGUACAUACAGUGACUGUAUGUAUUAUUCCACAAAGCAAACAGCAACUCUGUGGGGAGGGCUGUUAAUCUGAGGCAACCAUGUAGGGGGAAAAACUUACUAACUCCCCCCCCAUAGCACCACAGACCUCCCAACCUCAGCAAUGGCUUCUUUCAUCUAAACGAACAAGAUGAAUUCUCCUGUCACCUGGUUUGAACAGACUAUAGAAAUGAAAUUGAUAGAUCAUGGUUCUCUGCAAUUAAUAUGUGCCUUCCUUUUUCUAACUGUUUAGACAGUUGGCUUCAUCUGUGCAGGAAAGCCAUAUUUUCAAAAUCUGGAUCAGAUAUUUGUGACCAGUCCAGAGAGGAAAAUGUCAAAAUCUAUUGAACAUGGUAUUGUUCAGUUACAGACAGUGAACUACUGUCAAUCUGAAAUAUGCGGGGAAUGGUAAACCACUUCUGAGAACUAUUUACCUAGAAAACCUUGAAGAGAGUUGCCAUAAGUUAGAAUUGGCUGGAUGGCAUCCAAUUAUUAUUUAAUAUCCAGGUGGAGAGGAAAAAAAUUGGAAAAAAAUGACAUCACUGCCAAAAGGAAUUACUAUAUGUUAAGUUUAAGGGAUAAAAAUUUUGUUGGAUUGGUUUUUAACUUUACAAAGGUCAAGCUGGCAGUAGGAUCUCUUAUUGCUGCCAUUGGUUAACUCUGUUACAGUUCAUACUAAACUGCCCUUGCUUAGAAAUUAAUUCAGUUCUUAUUAUGCUGUUUACAUGAAGAACGUAAUGCAGUCAAAGAAUAUCUUGUUCUGGUUGUAGCAGAAUAUAUCAUUUUAUUUAAAUGUUCAGAAUAAUAUCUGUGGACCUACUGUGUUUGCAAAAAACAACCCUGCUUUUUAAAAAAACUGACUAGCAUAAUUCAUUCUUUCCUUCAGGAUUUCUAAAGUAUGCACAAAGAUCCUUGACAGUUGUGUUGGGUGAGCUUUUGACUGAUUGAAAUGUAGAGGAGCAUGUAUGUAUGCUCAUAUCUAAAAAUCCUGCCAAUGUUAGGUAAAAUUAGUCUUAGAACUCUUAUAGGUAUCCAUUGAAAAGAAUCAGGUGAACAUAAGCCAGCAUUUCUUAAAAGCUUCUUUUAUGAACUUUUUAAACAUUGCUUCAAGGGUUUUGGUGGACUAUUUAGUUUUUAAUUUUACAAGUGAAAUUCUAUCUUAAUAAUAUUGGUCUUCAUCAAUGGCAUAAUCAUCCAAACCAGCACUGUAUUGUGGUAAUCUCAGGUUUGACACGUGCUAAUGAGAACUGACUCUUGAAUGAGAAAAUGUUUAGGAAAAAAUUAAUGUGAUGUUGGUACAGUUUAUUGUGAAAAUGAGUGGCCUUGGGCCACAGUCUUGUAAGCUUGUUUGAUAGGCCAAACAAGCUAUCAUUACAAGCUUUUCAAAACAGCCUCAGUCUCCCUCUUCAUAAAAAAUAAAACAAGGUGCUGAGCCAAGUACGAUAUUGAGCUUGGGAAACCUUGGUCUUACCCAAUAUAUUGCUAUUCAGAAGUAGCUGUUAAAGUUAAAAACUUGUCCCACUACUCUGCAGUAUCUGGACCAAAGGUUUGCUCUUAAUAGGAGGGAGUAAAUUCUUGUUAAUACAUUCUUGAACCUUGUUUUUCAACUUAAAAGAAAAUUAAUGAACUGGUCUUUUAAUGGCUUUGAGAUCAGUUCUAUUUAAUAUGAUCAGAAUUGUAAGUAUACUAAAAUGUAAUAACUUGUUUUAUUCUUGCAAGAGAUGUCUAAAUUAUUAGACAUUGACCAAAUUAUUUCUGUAGGUGCUGCUUGAAGGGGAAAAAAACACAUUCUAGAAGUGUUGAAAGCAAACAGACAGCUUGUAACUCAGGCUACAAUCUCUUCCCCAUAUAGCUGGCAGUAAGCUAUACUGAAUGCACUGGGGUUUAUUUCUGCCAUUUUUUUCUUCCACUUUUUGAAAUCCAUGUGAAUUCCUUAUAGAUGAGAACGCUAAACGGUACUGUUUCUAUAGGAAUUCAUUUAAAUGAUGUCUUUAAAGAAGGUCACCCCCUCAGAGAGUUAGGUUUGUUUGUUGCAAUUGCAAAUGUAUUUAUAAUAGUAUGGAGUGGAUGUUUGCUAUGUGUGUGCAAUGGGCAUGUGAAAUAAUUAUUAAUCUAAUCUUAACACAAUCUAUUAAAAUGACAGUAAGAUAUAUGAAAAUAGGGAUCUUUAAGAAACCUCAUUCAAGAUUCGGUAGAAGGCCAUGUACAACCUGCAAACUGCAUUCAAUAUUCCACUGUGACCUACUUCUAAUUACAUUCCCCCCAAUAUUAAUUGCUGCAUGGGAGCAACAUGAGGCUUCUCUUAACUAUAAGGACAAAGCUUGAUAUGACCCUCAAACUGUGCACUGCCAACACUUAAUUUAAGGAGCCCAAGAGGAGACUGCCUAGAAUCCCGAUUUCCAUCCCCAUUUGGUCAGAAUGAUUCUUAUUUAAGAUAUUACAUUCUCUUAACACCAUAGAAUAUUGAGCUGAAAACUAAAAACAAUGCUGGAAUUGUUUUAUGUAAUCAAGGCAGUGUAUACUUUAGGGAGGGAGCUGGUAAAUUUAAGAUAAUUGUUGUGGAGGAGCACAUAGGUGGAAAUAAGGUGUGGGUGUUUGUUUGUGUCUGUUUGAAUUGUGUAUGUUUUGCUAACUAAAUGUCAGUUAAGGUGAAAAGCUGUUAUGAAUGCACUGCAGCCCUCUUAGCAUCAAAGCACUGAUGGUCCUGUGGAUGAGUGAUAGGUGAAGAGAACUGAUGUAGGAGGAAUAAUUUUUAAGAUUUGUUAUGGGAAGCAAAAGGCAAUUAUAAUUUCCUCCAACACUGUUCUUUGAUUAUGUAUUUUUGUUUUUAAAAAAACAGACUAAUGCAAGAAUGUUAUUACUGCAUAAUUGAUUUUAACCAGCUUCCUUUGAAAUAAAAGUGACACCACUGCCCAAUGGUAA